UACUUUCAACCGUACUGCGUCUCGACGAUGAACGAUGCGACGGAGCUUUAUUUCUCCGAUUUUCGUACGACCGCACACAAGCAGCGGGCAAGCGGGAUCGACGAAUCGCACCGUCGGCGAGGACGAGAAUUCCAGCUGGAAUUUCAUCGGCUUGCGCCGGCCAGAGGCGAGCACCGUCGCGGUUUGAAGCCGGGCGACGGCAGCGCACGAUCUACGUGCGCUUGUAAGAUCGUCGCCGUUUGCCGCGUGGCAUCGGCGGAAACGGCCGUGGAUCGCCGAGCCCGUUCGCUCGCUCGCUCCGAAGCGGCGCCGCGGCGAACGCGGCAGCAGUUGCAUGUCGGAUUUUGUGCCGCGCGUCGUGUUUCGCCCCGCGGCUGGCUUCGCUCGCCGAGAAACGGUGAGUAAGACCCAACAUGGAGAACCAGCAAGUGUGGGUCCGAGACCCCCAAGAGGGCUUCAUCAUCGCCAAAUUCACGGACAUGGUGGACGGGGACGCUCUUAUCGUGCCGCUCGACCCGAAAAACCCACAGCGCACCUGCCCGUUAGACGAGGUGUAUCCUGCCGGCGAAUACACUAAAGAUGUCGAGGAUAACUGCGCCCUCAUGUACCUGAACGAGGCCACGCUGCUGAACAACAUACGCACUCGUUACUUCAAGGACAGGAUAUACACUUACGUCGCCAACAUCCUGAUAGCCGUGAAUCCGUAUUGCGAGGUGAAGGAUCUCUAUUCACCGCGGACCAUCAAGGCUUAUCAGGGCAAGUCCUUGGGCGAGACGCCACCGCACGUCUUCGCCAUUGGCGAUAAAGCGUUCAGAGACAUGAAAGUGCUGAAACAAUCCCAGAGCAUUAUCGUAUCCGGUGAAUCGGGAGCGGGAAAAACCGAGUCGACCAAGUAUCUACUGCGCUAUCUCUGCGAUCUCUGGGGUUCCACGGCCGGACCGAUCGAACAAAAGAUCCUCGAUGCAAAUCCGGUGCUGGAAGCGUUCGGCAACGCUAAGACGAAACGCAACCACAACAGCUCGCGCUUCGGCAAAUUCAUGGAGGUGCACUUUGACUCCAAAUGCCAGGUAGUCGGCGGCUACAUUUCGCACUACCUCUUGGAGAAGUCCCGGGUCUGCCUGCAGAGUCCGGACGAGAGGAACUACCAUGUGUUCUACAUGAUGUGCGCCGGCGCGCCGGCCGAUCUGCGGGCGAAGCUGGGCAUCACCAAGCCGGACGACUUCCACUACCUGAAGAACGGCUGCACCCAGUACUUCUGCGACGCUAACUCGGAGAAGCGGCUGAAUGAUGCGCAGAAAAGCCGCGAGCAGAUCCAGAAGGGCAGCCUGCACGAUCCCAUCCUGGACGACGUCGAAGGAUUCAACGCUAUCGACCAGGCGUUCACCCGGCUCGGCCUGACGGAUGCCGAGCGCAUGGAGAUCUACACGAUGGUGGCGGCGGUGCUGCAUCUCGGCAACAUCACCUUCGAGGACAACCCCGAGGACACCAAGGGCGGCUCCAGGAUAACCGCCAGCUCGGAAAAGGCGGUCGUGGCGUCCGCGAAACUGCUCGGGGUCGACCCGGAGGAGCUGCGGCAGGCCAUGGUCUCGAAGGUCAUGCAGACCAGCCGGGGUGGCAUUAAAGGAACGGUCAUUAUGGUGCCGUUGAAGGUUUACGAGGCCAAUAAUGCCAGGGACGCGUUAGCCAAGGCAAUUUACAGCAAGCUAUUCGAUCACAUAGUCGCUCGUAUCAACAAGAGCAUACCGUUCAAGGCUUCGAGCUACUAUAUCGGCGUAUUGGACAUCGCAGGAUUCGAAUACUUCAAGGUCAACAGUUUCGAGCAGUUCUGCAUAAAUUAUUGCAAUGAGAAGCUCCAGCAGUUCUUCAACGAGCGGAUAUUGAAGUACGAGCAGGACCUUUACGCCCGAGAAUCGUUGAACGUGCCGAAAAUCUCCUACGUCGACAAUCAAGACUGCAUAGAUUUAAUCGAGUCGAGGAACACGGGUAUCUUCAGCUUGCUGGACGAAGAGUCGAAACUGCCGACUCACAGUUUCGCGCAUUUCACCAGCGAGGUUCACCGAGCCUGGAGCGGUCAUUUCCGCAUCACUUUACCGCGAACGUCACGACUGAAGGCUCAUCGGGAAUUACGAGACGACGAGGGCUUCGUGAUUCGCCAUUACGCCGGCGGUGUCUGCUAUCAAACGAACCAGUUCAUCGAGAAGAACAACGACGCGCUGCACGCCUCCUUGGAGGCGCUCAUUCAGGAGAGCGGCAAUAAAUUUCUCAGAACGCAGUUCGCCAAUUACUCUUCUCAGAAGGGGAAGCUAACCUUCAUCAGCGUCGGCAGUAAAUUCAAGACGCAGCUCGGUGAACUGAUGGACAAGCUGAAGAGUAACGGCACGAAUUUCAUAAGGUGCAUCAAGCCGAACAACGAUAUGGUGGCUCAUCAGUUUGACGGCAACAGUAUUAUGAGCCAGCUGCGUUGCUCGGGAAUGACUUCGGUUCUGGAGCUGAUGGAGCACGGUUACCCCAGCCGGGUGCCUUUCCACGAGCUCUACAGCAUGUACAAGUCUUACCUUCCGCCGGAACUCGCCAAAUUGGACCCCAGAUUCUUCUGCGAGGCGUUGCUUCACAGCCUGAAAUUGAACCAGAAGGACUUCAAGUUCGGCAUCACCAGGGUCUUCUUCAAGCCGGGCAAGUUCGCGGAAUUCGACAGGAUCAUGAAGUCCGACCCGGAGAAUCUGCGCAAACUAGUGGCCGACGUGAAGAAAUGGCUACUCAAGUCGCGGUGGAACAAGAUGCAGUUCUGCGCCCUGUCGGUGAUCAAACUGAAGAACAAGAUCAUCUAUCGCCGGCAGCAUCUGAUCGUUCUACAGAAGACGGUGAGGAUGUACUUCGAGAAGAAGAGGCACCGACCGAGGAUUCGGGGCACGAUGAAGAUCAGGAAUCUGAAGAAGCAGCUGAUACGAAUGGAGGAAACCGCGGGCCAGCUGAAAAAUCGGGAGAAGUCGUCGCGGGACAUGAAAAGACUCGAGAACGACCUGGAGAUGGCGAUGGAAAAGAUCAAGCGUAACCCGAGGAUCACACCGACGGAGAUAGACGGUCUCUACACGUCCCUGGUGAAUCAGGUGAACAAGCAGAUGGCCGAUCUGCAGGAUAUGGUGAAACAGGAGAAAGUCGCCGAGGAACAGGCGAGGCUGCGGAAGAUUCAGCAGGAGCUGGAACUGGAGAAGAAACGGAAGGAGAAUGAGGAACGUAAAGCGAGGGAGGAGGAGGAGCACAGGAAGAAGAAGCUCGAGAUGGAAGCUAGAAGGAAGAUAGAGGAGGAGCAACGGAGGAAGCAGGAGGAAGAAGAUCAGAAGACCGCGGCUGCUCUUCAGGCCCAACUGGAGAAAGAAGCUAUGGAGGAGACUCGGUAUCGGGAACUGCUCGAACAAGAAAGAAGAGACCACGAGUUGGCGGUGAGACUUGCUCAAGAAUCGAACGGACAAGUGGAGGAUUCCCCGCCGCCUGUGCGAAGUGGCUCCGACGUGCGAGUGCCCACGAACAACAACAGGCUGAUAAGAUCGGAACAGGUGCGCAAUCAUCAAGCGGCCAUGAGCAACAAGAAGUACGACCUGUCCAAGUGGAAGUACUCUGAGCUGCGAGAUGCGAUUAACACGUCCUGCGACAUAGAACUGUUGGAGGCUUGCCGCCACGAGUUCCACCGUAGACUGAAGGUCUACCACGCCUGGAAGGCGAGGAAUCGCAGGAGAACCACCAUGGACGAGAACGAGAGAGCGCCAAAAUCCAUCAUGGAGGAGGCCGCGAAGACACCGAGGACGCCGCUGAAGCAGCAAAUAGUCGAGUCGUCGCAGAGAUACUUCAGGAUCCCGUUUGUUCGCUCCUCCGCGGCGGGGCAGCAGGACAAUACACACGGUGGUGGCAAAAGAGGAUGGUGGUACGCGCACUUCGACGGCCAAUACGUGGCGCGGCAGAUGGAACUUCAUCCCGACAAGCCGCCGAUACUUCUCGUAGCGGGUGUCGAUGAUAUGCAAAUGUGCGAGCUGAGCCUGGACGAAACUGGAUUGACGAGGAAACGCGGCGCCGAGAUCUUGGAGUACGAAUUCAAUCGCGAAUGGGAGAGGUACGGCGGCAAGCCGUAUUUGCCGCCUUGCGACCGCAAGAAGUGAGGACCGCCCGCGGCGGAGGAGAAUCGUCUGCCUCCGUGUCGUCGUCGUCGUUGUCGCGGGAAGUUCACGACGCGGCGCUUACGUAUCUUAUAGUGUUUGCCCUCGAGAGAUGCGUCCCAUACGUGGGAACGCAUCGGCGAUUCUGUGCCUUGCGAAGUGUGCCUUGUGCAUUGCGCGGCACGGAUGACACGUCUGUAAUUUAUACGUUACGUCACAGGUGCAUCGAUGGAAGAGCGCUCCAUCGGCAUAAUUAGCGAACACCUGACACGAGGGUUUUCCUGU